GGCCGAGCACGUGCCAUGGGGGCCAGAUUGGUAAUGCGACUGAUCACGACGCUCAGCUUUUGCUCUCUCGUCUUGCUUGCGAGGCAUGCGGAUUGACCCUCUUGCUCCGUCAAAAGAUUGUCCAUAUGUUCAUCUUCAUGCACGGAGGCCAGGAGGAAAGACUGACAGAUGGAAAUGAGGCUUGAUGGUGCGUUGUCGGAACGAUACCAGUUAUUUUUGGUAUCAGGGCAGUAGGCCGUCCGCGAUAUCUUGGCUACAUCUCUCUUGUUCUCUCUCUCUGCAACUACGGGCUUUUCAUCUUUGAUCAAAAUCUCCAUCGAUGACAACCGUUGGAGCUCCGAGCAUUUGAAAGUUCGGGGCCGUUAUCUAAUGUGCCAUGGCUCCCCAUAUUCAAGAACUGCACUGACUGAUCCUGGGCGCUUAAGACUCUCCACUGCACGAAACACGACUAUCAGACCUGCAUCUUCGCGUGUUCCAUGUCAGCGGGUCUUUUCCACCAUUCGGCGUUGUCUUUCCCCGGGCGGACAUGCGCUCGCAGCAUGUUUAUCUACAUCCUCCUCCUUGAAACCGAACUAACUUUGUCGUCAUUGGUUCGGCUGUACCCGGAUUGUUCCACGCCCCUAUGGACAAACUUUUGGCGACGACGUUCAGUGCGCCUAUUGACCAGUUCGCCGCCACGGAUCUCACACCAGAUAUGAUACAAGCUGGAGUCCGAAGAUCUUGAGCGUCUAUACGACUGCCUCAAAUAUCGCGCCGGGAGUGCUUUGCUGCAAACCACUGAACGCAUCUACUUACAUCCCUGCACUUUAUGGCGACUACUCUCAAGAUCAAACUUUCGAAACUUAUGGUCGAAGAUGUCCCUGAUGAAUAUGGUCGAGCUCGAGUUGACAUCAACGUCAACGGUAUCGGGAAGAAGACUGCGGACACAAGUACCUCCGAGGGCAAGGCUUUCUGGGACGAAGAGUUUCAUAUGGACAUUCCUAUUGGAAGCCAUAUAACAUUCACCUUAUUUGUGCACCGUUUUGCACUCUCAUUUCGUGAGGCUCGUGCCUGGGGUCACCAUUCGGAGCCUCUUGUCAACGCUAUUAUGUCGGGUGCUUCCACUGAACGACGGAUGACAAAUUCCACGGCGUGCAUCAAUUUCACCGUCAACCGGCUUCCCCACACUGCUCCGUCUGCUGCUGAACGACAAACGCGUGCAGCAGCUCUCCGCCAGCAGAAGGGACCUGGUUUGCACUGCGUUGGCGCUGCGAUGCAGCUCUUCCACGACUCUGGCCUGGUAGAUGCGACCCUUCAAGUGGAUAGCAAGCCCUUUCGUCCCGACCGCCCUGCGUCUCGGCCGAAUGUUCCGAUCGGACAAGAAGGGUCGUUGUCCACUUUCAGACCUAUGGAUGACGAGGCAUGGAAAGCAUUGCUUGCCACCGUGUCAAUAUUCGCGAAGUUAGUGGCAAACGUCGCUGAGAUUCAUCCGCUCGCGAAAGCUGUUGUUACGGUGCUCUUGGCUGGCUACAAGGUGUUCGAGACCCUAGCAGAUCGAGACAACAGAUUCAAGUCGCUUUUGGAUUCCGCUUCAAGCGCCUUUGCACUUGCAAACAAGCUCAAGGCACCUGAGCUUCAGCCUCACACCUCGACUCUCAAAAUCUUGACGUUGCAGCUGAAUGACUGCGGGUUCUUCAUCCGUGACUAUUACAAACAACGAGGACUUUUGCAGCGGACGGUCAACUCAACCUUUCACGGCCAACAAUUGGAUAGGAAGAUCCAGGAGUACGAAGACAAUUUCUCGAGGAUCAGAGCGAUAUUCUGCGGCGAAUCGGCUGCGCAUAUCGAGGUGAGGGUGGUCAGGAUGGAGAAGGAGAUUACACGAAUCGGCUCUGCGAUAGACCUAGACGGACUGCCAUACAUUUGGGGAAUCCGCUUCAAUCAGAACCGCACAUGCUUACCAGGAACUCGGGUAACGAUACGGGAGAAAAUCGUGGAUUGGGUGAACGACCGCGACAAGCCACGGACGUUGGUGCUCACUGCUGAAGCUGGGUUCGGUAAAACGGCGAUCGCGCACACCGUUGCGCGCACCUUAGAUGAAAUGAAGCGUCUAGGGUCAUCCUGCUUUCUCCCUCCGCUGCUGUCUGGAGACCCAGAAGUCGUUCUAAAGCUGUUCCCGACUAUCACUCGUGAUCUGGCGGACUUCGACACAGCUUGGAGGAAUUCGCUCUCGAGGACUGUUGGGGUCCGAGCGAUACAACGCACCGCGUCUCUUCAGGAGCAGUUCGACAAAUUCAUGUUUCUGCCUGCCACUGGUUCCGAGAACGCGCCCGUGUAUUUUGGGCCGAUGUUGAUCGUCGUCGACGGGUUGGAACAAUGUGGUUCUGAAGGUUCUCAGGAACGCAGGGAAUUGCUGUCGAUACUGUCCACGAAGCUCACCAAACUUCCUGCCAACUUCCGUAUCCUGAUCACCACCCGACCCAGUCCUGACAUAUCUCGCAUGCUCUGUCGGGAGGGCACUAAUAUCGAACACUGGGAUCUGCACAAUGAGAUCAAGGACAAGCAAACUGCGGAGGAUAUCGCGGCCUUUUUGGAUGCAGAACUCCGUCCAGUCUUCAGAGGACGUUGGCCGGAGUACCGCGAGAAACUGGCCAACAAGCUCGAAAGAAACUUCUCCAGCGCUGCGCUCGCCUGUGACGCAAUCAAGCAAGAGGCGAACCCGGUCGAUUACAUCACCCAUCUUCUCCAGAGAUCGGACGAAGGCGGCUGGAACGCAGCGGCAUUUCGGCAGUCUAUCAGCCAGCACAUUCCAUUCCUAUCCACUCGUGAGCCUCAGCGGGGCCCGCCUGCGCCGUUGCUGUCGGCCAACCAGGCCAAUCGGCCUCCGCUGCUGCGUCAGCCAACGGAUUUCAUCCCGCAGCCUCCUAAGCGCAUUUCGUCGGACGAUUCCACACCGCUGACACCCGCUUUGAGUGACCAGGGCUCGGUGGGUAUGCCUUCUCCAGAUUCGGAGUUCUUCGAUUCCGCUCCCAGUGGUUCCUUGCUGUUCCCCCAACCUCAUUUCGACGAGCCGAUGUCGUACGAAGGGGAUGACCUCAUCCAACCUGGCAAACCCAUCGGAAUGCCCUUCGGCUCGAAUUCGUAUGCGAUGUCUGGCGACGAUGUGACUGGUUACACUCCAUCGUUCCCUGAUCCAAAGCCACACAACCCCCCAGUUUAUCGGACCUCUGACCCGCACUGGAGACCUACGCCUCCCAUGCGUGUCCUCCGAGCCCCGCUAACCACACAUUCGUCGGCGGCCUCUUCCUUUGGAGGUUGGGCGUGAAGGGGAUAUUUCGAUUCUUGCGGUUCAAGGGCUCUGGAGCGUCUCGUUUAUGCCGCAUGGAACUUACCUCGACCAAUGUACUUACUGUAUCCUCGUGAUAGUUUGCACCGUAAUUUAAUCUAGGUCCCCCGUUUGCCCCCGUAUUGAUGAAUAUUCAAUGAGCGCGUAGACCUUAAUCCCAGCCACUGAGAGGAAGUACAAACGCAGAUCCACUUGCAAUACAUCGCACCACGUGUAUGCCUCGUUCCGCUGGUCUACUGAGUGGGGGAUCAGAGAACACGCUGAUCGUGCCAGGUGAGCAAUGAGCAGCCCCCGACCGCAUGUCGAUCCGCACCGCCCACGCCCUUCGCCCACGCCCUUAUAUAAACUACACCUUGCUCCCGUUUACUCGACAGACACCAACAUGACCCCUGCCGACCUUUCCACACCUCCCGUCAUCCGAGCUUGCCUGGAGCAAGCAGCAGUCCUCCAAAUCUGCGCAGGAAUGGAGAUCCUCGGACUGGAUCAUCCUCGAGAACGACGAAUACGGCGGCGGCAGCAGGGCCUCGAGAAGUUGAAGCUGCUCUAUCCGACCCGGGAGACGCGUAUCCGAAUGACACCAUAUUGGCGACGUCGACGCAGUCAAACAACGCCACUGCGCCGGACCAAGUCCUGCAUGGUCAUAUCCUACCUUGAUAUCGAGGAGAUGCAGUUCACUGAAGAGAUGGCGCGAAUCUGGCCUCGGGAAGAGCUGGACGCGAUGGAGGUUGAGCUGAUUGUGUAGAGUAGCAGUGUAUCGCACCUAGAUUGAUCCCCGACACAAAGAUCGCUGGUCGAAAAGAUUGUGGAAGGCCGCAGCAGACUUCAAUCGAAUCGUCGAUACCUUAAUGGGCGAUACGGGGAUGGACACGGAGUAUCGGUGCUUUCAGCGUCGUCUUGGAGUGAUGCUGGGCUAGAUGAGACCACUGCAUUAACAGUGUGUACACGCCCUCCGGUUGUCGAUCCACCUGUUGUAUCUGGACGAACACAUAUAUUACCUUUCCCCCUCUCCUCCUGCUCCAUUGCGGGCGAGGCAAUAGGUUCUCGAGUCAAGGAACGCAAGCGCUCAGCACCGAAGAUCGUGGGCACGCGAACGCCGCCGUGACUGAGACAUGUUUGAGGAGCCUGUCACACUGUCGGGAAUGGGCAUUUCGUCAAAGUUCUGAUCCCACGGCGGUGACGAAUAAGUAUGGCGCUGAGGGCAUUCAGUGGAACUCGGCACAUGCAAGUCGUC